AUGAUAUCCGGAGGCAUAUGCGCCUUUGAUAAAUGUAUACUUAUAGAUAUAUCAAUGUUAUUAUCAUCAUCAUCAUCAUCCAAAUCAUCAUCAUCAUCAUCAUCAUCAUCAUCAUCAUCAUCAUCAUCAUCAUCAUCAUCAUCAUCAUCAUCAUCAUCAUCAUCAUCAUCAUCAUCAUCAUCAUCAUCAUCAUCAUCAUCAUCAUCAUCAUCAUCAUCAUCAUCAUCAUCAUCAUCAUCAUCAUCAUCAUCAUCAUCAUCAUCAUCAUCAUCAUCAUCAUCAUCAUCAUCAUCAUCAUCAUCAUCAUCAUCAUCAUCAUCAUCAUCAUCAUCAUCAUCAUCAUCAUCAUCAUCAUCAUCAUCAUCAUCAUCAUCAUCAUCAUCAUCAUCAUCAUCAUCAUCAUCAUCAUCAUCAUCAUCAUCAUCAUCAUCAUCAUCAUCAUCAUCAUCAUCAUCAUCAUCAUCAUCAUCAUCAUCAUCAUCAUCAUCAUCAUCAUACUCUUAA